ACACUUGGAGCUCGGAGGAGGUGUUGAGAAGAAACCUGAACGCAUCCAGGAGCUACGAUGCUCCUGAGUGGUGUGUUCUGCAGGCUGUGGCUUCUUAUCUGUUUGAGGAUGAUCAUCAGACCACCUUCUGUCUAGCUGCAGAAGAAAAAGGAAAAAAAUAAACUCUAUCGAUAUCAUGUGGGAAGUGAAAGUGGUGGCGUGUCUGCUCGCGGUCUCGCACGUCGUCGCGUCUCAGGUCACGCGCAGGGCGUCGCGGGAGUGCCCAGGCGCGUGCGACCCGUCGCGGUGCCCGGCCGCCCCAAAAUCCUGCUACUUCGGCGUGGCGCGAGACGCGUGUCGCUGCUGCGCUACGUGCGCCGGCGGCGAGGGCGAGCCGUGCGGCGAGCGGGGGCGCGCGCGCUGCGGCGACGGCCUGCGCUGCGAGCGCGUCCCGACGGUUACGGCGGGAGAGGGGGGGCGCGCACGCAUGUGCGUGUGCGCCGCUGCGGGACCGGUGUGCGGGAGCGACGGCCGCACGUACCCGAGCGAGUGUCGCCUCAGAGCCGAGAACCGGAAGGCCGAGCGUAGCCGCGCGCCCGCUGUCAUUCCUAUCCAAAAAGGCGCGUGCGAAUCCGGUUCCCAGAACCCCAGCAGCAUGCGCUACAAAUUCAACUUCAUAGCAGACGUAGUGGACAAGAUCGCCCCUGCAGUCGUUCAUCUGGAGCUGUUCAGAAGACUGCCAUAUACAAACCAGGAAAUGCCGGUCUCUACUGGCUCAGGGUUUAUUGUGUCUGAAGAUGGCUGGAUAGUCACCAACGCCCACGUGCUAUCUAACAAACAGCGGAUUAAAGUGGAACUAAACAGUGGUGUCCAUUACGAUGCUACGAUCAAGGACGUGGACCAGAAAUUAGACAUUGCUCUAAUUAAGAUUGACUCAGAGGAGGCUGUGCCCAUCCUGUCCCUGGGCCACUCCUCUGACCUGCGCCCGGGCGAGUUCGUGGUGGCCGUGGGCAGCCCGUUCUCCCUGCAGAACACGGUCACAACGGGCAUCAUCAGCACCACGCAGCGUGGCAGCCGCGAACUCGGCCUCCAAGACUCCGACAUGGAGUACAUCCAGACUGAUGCCAUCAUUAACUACGGCAACUCCGGAGGACCGCUUGUCAAUCUGGAUGGAGACGUCAUCGGCAUAAACACGCUGAAGGUCACGGCAGGAAUCUCGUUUGCGAUUCCCUCGGACCGGAUACGCCAGUUCCUCGCCGACUCCUACGAGAGACAAAGGAAAGGGAACACGCAGCCCAAGAAACGGUACAUGGGAGUGAGAAUGUUUCAGCUGACGCCAUCUUUAAUCAAGAACCUGAAAGAAAGAGAAACCGAUUUCCCAGAUGUCAGUUCAGGAGUGUACGUCUACGAGGUGAUCCCUGGAACGGCUGCCUCCAGUGGUGGCCUAAAGAACCGCGAUGUGAUCGUCAGCAUUAACGGCAAGUCGGUUCACAGCACGGACGAAGUCAGUCACGCUGUGCAAUCGGCCGAGACGCUCUCGGUGACGGUGUGGCGCGUUAACAAAAGCGUCGUGCUCACAGUAGUUCCCGGAGAACUGGAGUGACGGAUCCCGUACCACGGCCAGGUCCCGAACACUAUUAGCGUCCACCGUGAUCUACGACUUCCUGUUUGUCAGCUUUUUCAAUCCUGUACGUAUUAAACGCAAUGCACUGCAAUACGGAGGAAUGUCUGCAAGUAGCGAAGAGGGUUACAUACAUUCUUACAUACGUGUACAUACCUGUACAACAUACAUGAUCCAUACACGAGGGCAUUUUUUAUAUAUUUAUAUUUUUAGCGCUUCCUGGUGCAAAAAUAUUGACACGUCAAUACAGUAUAAACAAUGCAUAAUUAAAAUCAGGUUUUAUUCUUAUUA